UGCUUUUCACGCACCGGCGACGAAAAGCCCUGCUAUUUAAGCACGCCAAGCUCUGUCUGUCUCCACUCCCACUCCACCCCAGCCCUCGCUCUCUCACUCAGCCACUCUCCACACUCUGUCUGUUUCAGUCUCACUCACUCACGUCGUCGUCGUCCUCCUCCUGCUGCUGCCGGCUGCGGCUACACACGGAGCCACAUGGAAAGGGAGGUGCAGCUGAUGGAGGGGAGGCCGCUCCACAUGAUGGGGAUGGGGAUGGCGGCCGCUGGUACGACCACCACCAGCUGCUUCGACGACUACAGCAGCAGCAGCAGCAGUAGCGGCGCCAGCGCCGGCGACUGCUUCGUGCUCGGGUGGGAGCAGCUAACGGCGCCGGCGCCGUUCGGCUGCUUCGGGCUCCUCGCCGCCGACGUCCACGACCUCUUCCCGCUCUUCGCCGCAGGCAUGGAGCCGCCGGCGCUACCCGCCCCGCCUCCGUCCUCGGCCUACGACGUGGCCGCCGCCGCGAUCCCCGGCGAUCUGGACGACCUUCUCCUGAAUUUCUGGGACGCGAGCUGCCACGACGGCGACGUGGGCGAGCCGCUCAAGGCGCAGCAGCAGCAGCAGCAGGCCAGCGCCUUCAAUUCCAGCUGCGUCACGCACGAGCAGGCGGACUACUGCACCCCCACCACCGACUCCUUCGUCCACUACGAUGAUGAUGGCGAUGAUCCCUUGAGCUCGAUUUUCUCGGCGGGUCCCGCGCCGGCACUGGCAGCGGAGAGAGCCGUGUUCCACCAACAGCUCCCCGCCGCAGAGGCAGCGGAGGAGCCCCUCCCCAGCUCGUCCUCCUCCAACUGCCGCGGGGACCCGCCCGCUGCCGGCGGGGUCGACCUGCAGGUGCAGGUGCAGGGGCAGGGGCAGCGCGCCGCGUGGGCGCGGACCCCGCCGCUGCCGAGGAGGACCUCCGCCCCUUCUUCGCUGAAACGCGCGACACGCGAAGAGUCGUCGUCGGAGCAGAUGGCGGCGGCGGCGGCGGAGUGCAGCAGCCAUAGCAACGACGGCGGCGGCAGCAGCAACAAGCGGCGGAAGGCGGCCGCGGGUGUGGUGUGCCCGUUCGCGCUGCUCAAGCCCGACGGCCUGGACGGCGGCGCGACGCUGGCGGACAUCAACGCGCGCAUCCUGAUGCGCCCCGCGCGGCCGGUGCGGCACCCCGUGGGCGAGUUCGCGUGCGCGCCGCGCGUGUCGGCGGACCAGCCGGGCAUCUCGGGGAAGGCCGUCGCCAGCUUCACCCGCCUGCACACCUCAGGGCGCGGCACCAUAACCAUCAUCAGGACGCGGGGCUAGCCGCUAGCAAGCUAGCUAGCACGCGCUCUGUGCCACCGGCUGCUGCUGAUGCUGCUCGUGAAUCAUGGCGGCGUAGAGUAGAUUAGCUAGCCGGCCACCCUGCUAGUACGUACUACCUGGCGGCUAAGUGGUGACUGACUGGACCUCCCAGUUGCGACGCCGUACGUGUAAUGUAAUUAUCCGCGUACUGUAACAUGUAAAUUCGAAUUGAAGGAAUAAAAAUGUCUCCCGUUAAUCUA